CUAUUGCUUAGAUAGGAUUUCUGUUUCAGCGCAUAGGGUACAGAAAGGGCCGGUGACGAUAUUUUGUACUGAAUUUGCGUGUCAUUGCAAUAAUCUAAACAUGAAAUCUUCCUUUUUGACUUAUGUGACAUUGCUUUUUUGCCUAAAUCAUUGUGUGUGGACUUUUUAUCUUCCUGGAUUGGCUCCAGUCAAUUACUGCAAAGAGGACACCUCCCAAUGCAAAAGCAAUGUUGAAAUGUAUGUGAAUAGAUUAAACUCUGACGAGUCUGUUAUACCUUAUGAAUACCACUAUUUUGAUUUUUGUACAUCUGAUGAAAGUAAAUCCCCAACAGAAAAUUUAGGACAAGUACUUUUUGGUGAAAGAAUUAGACCUUCCAAAUAUAAAAUUUCUUUUAUGAAAGAUGAAUCUUGUAAGAAACUUUGUACUAAAAAAUAUGAUCCAGAAGAUUCUAAAAGUCAAAUGAAACUUUCAGUUUUAAAACGAGGAAUGAGUUUAAACUAUCAACAUCAUUUUAUUGUUGAUAACAUGCCAGUAACUUGGUGUUAUCUUAUGGAAGAUGGACAGCAAUAUUGUAGCAUAGGUUUUCCUAUGGGAUGUUUUUCACCAUCAAAUAGAAAUGAAAAUAAUCUGUGUGCUAGCAUACUUGGUAGCAACACUUUAAAACCAAAUACUUAUUACAUCUUUAAUCAUUUAGAAUUUACCAUCACUUAUCACAGUGGUAAAAAUGAAGAAUGGGGUUCAUCAUUUGGUUCUGAAGGUGGCAGAAUUAUUGCUGUAAAAGUAAAACCCAGAAGCAUAAAGCAUACAGACGAUAACUUGAACUGUGAAGAUUCAUUAAAUUUUAUGGACAUACCUUCAGAUAAAAUAAAAACUGAAUUAAGUAUAACAUAUUCAUACUCUAUUAAAUUUGAAAUAAAUAACACUGUAAAAUGGUCUUCACGUUGGGAUUAUAUAUUAGAUUCUGUACCACAUACCAAUAUUCAGUGGUUUAGUAUAUUAAAUUCAUUGAUGAUUGUAGUUUUUUUAUCUGGAAUGGUUGCAAUGAUUAUUUUAAGGACAUUACAUAAAGACAUUGCUAGAUACAAUCAAAUUGAUGCGGGUGAUGAUAUUAAAGAAGAAUUUGGAUGGAAACUAGUCCAUGGUGAUGUAUUCAGACCCCCAAGACGUGGAAUGUUAUUAUCUGUUUUUGUGGGUUCAGGUGUACAAGUACUCUGUAUGACUGUUGUAACUUUGGCAUUUGCAUGUUUGGGAUUUUUGUCACCUGCCAAUAGAGGAUCAUUGAUGACAUGCUCAUUAGUAUUGUAUGUUUUCCUUGGAACACCAGCUGGAUAUGUAUCGUCAAGAAUUUAUAAAAGUUUUGGUGGUGAAAAAUGGAAGACGAAUAUCAUAUUAACUUCUAUGUUUUGUCCGGGAGUCGUAUUCUGUUUAUUUUUUAUUAUGAACUUGGUUUUAUGGGCCAAAGUAAGCUCAGCUGCAAUUCCUUUCACCACAUUAUUAGCUUUAUUAGUAUUGUGGUUUUGUGUUUCUGUACCUUUAACAUUUGUUGGUGCUCUCUUUGGAUUCCGUAAAAGGCCAAUAGAACAUCCAGUAAGAACUAAUCAAAUUCCUCGCCAAAUACCAGAACAAACAAUUUAUACCCAACCAUUUCCAGGAAUUAUUAUGGGUGGUGUUUUACCUUUUGGUUGUAUAUUUAUACAAUUAUAUUUCAUAUUGAAUUCUUUAUGGUCAAAUCAAAUAUAUUACAUGUUCGGAUUCUUAUUCCUUGUUUUUAUCAUUCUUAUUAUAACAUGUUCAGAGACUACUGUAUUAUUAUGUUACUUUCAUUUAUGUGCUGAAGAUUAUCACUGGUGGUGGAGAAGUUUUUUGACCAGCGCUUUCACAUCAUUUUAUUUGUUCCUAUAUUGUGUACAUUAUUUUAAAACCAGGCUCAAUAUAGAAGGGAUUGCUUCAACAUUUUUAUACUUUGGAUACACAAUGAUAAUGGUGUUCCUGUUCUUUUUAAUGACUGGUACUAUUGGGUUCUUUUCUACAUUUUGGUUUGUAAGAAAAAUAUAUAGUGUUGUUAAAGUUGAUUGAAUAUGUGUUUGUUCAGCCAAAAUGUGUAAUUUUUUGUAUUAUAUAAAUUAUAUAUACAAUGUCCAUGGAAUAAAUUUAUUUAUAUUAUUUUGUAUUAAAUCUUCAUUGUGUAAUUCAACCAUUAAAUAUGUUGAUUGCUUGAAAUUGUUUGCAAAAUAGAUGCCCCCAGAGAAGAGAAUUUUUUUUUUGUAUCUGUAAAAUUUUUAAUUUUUAUUUCUAUUAUGGUAAUUUUUUUAAUUUUUACAUGUACUUAUUAAAUUAAUUAAAAAAAUAUGCAAUAAAUUUAAAAACUGAUAUUUGGUUAUCUAAUUCAAAGUUUUCUGAAUUUGCGAUUAUUUAAAUUUUGACUAUGUCUAAUAAAAUAAAUUACUUUACUAGUAUUAUUAUAAGAUUAAUAGUUACUGUCUAUAUAUUUUGUUUAUAUAGAAAAAUUCAGAAUUAGUAUUUAUGUAAUCGUUUUUUCCAGCACA